GCGUGUGGGCAGCUCCUGGCUUCUCUCCAUCUGUGAUGCCCAUGACAAUCCCCACUUUGUGCGGCGGGGGGGCGUCUCCUACCUCAGGAGACAUGGAGGAUGUGUUCAGCAGCCAGUGGGAAGACGCUUCAGUCCGACAUGCCUUCAUCAGGAAGGUCUAUUCCAUUCUAACAGCACAGCUUGCGUUCACCUUUUCAGUUGUUGCUGUCUUCACAUACGUUGAGGAAGUGAAGAAGUUUGUCAUCAACUAUCCCGGCGUCUACUGGGCUUCACUAGUACUUUACUUCAUGGUGUACUGCAUCCUCCUGUGCUGUAAAGGACCCAGGAGACGUUUUCCAUGGAACUUUGUGCUGCUCGGUGUGUUUACUCUGGCCCUGUCCUACUUGGCCGGCGCGAUCUCAAGCUAUUAUGAAACCAAAGCCGUGCUCCUGGCCAUGGGAAUAACGGCGGUGGUUUGUGUAGCCGUCACAGUCUUCUGCUUCCAGACCAAGGUGGACUUCACCUCCUGCGGCGGCCUCCUCUGUAUCGCUGCGAUUCUUCUCAUGAUCAUCGGGAUCGUCACGGCCGUCGUUCUCUCCUUUCAAUAUGUGGCAUGGCUGCACAUGCUCUACGCUGCCAUUGGAGCCGUCGUUUACACUCUGUUCCUGGUGUACAACACCCAGCUUCUGAUUGGCAACCGUGAGCUGUCCAUCAGUCCUGAGGAGUACAUCUAUGGGGCGCUGGCUCUGUACGUGGACAUCGUUCACAUCUUCAUGUUCAUCCUUCAAGUCAGUGGAGCUGCGACUGAAUAGUUAGUACGGCAGUAGAAACUUUACUUUGACUGCAUAGUUAUUAUUUUUAGUUAUUAUUGUUUAAAUAGAACCGGUUUUGAAGGGAAACUCGGUUCAGGUCGGCUGCAGAAAACACUAAAAAUCAGUUACAGUUGAAGUUGAAACACACACACACAAAAAACGGUUUAUAAAAUAAACAAGAACAUUUAGGUGACGACUGCGGUCUGUUUGACAUGACGUGACUGUGUACAGAUGAUGAUGACGUCGUUAGCCUCUUAGUCUCUUUGUCAAAUUAACACCGGGCUAUUGUUGCAUUACUGCCCCCCUGUGGUCAUAUCCUCUAUAUCGUCUGCGUUGGUCGUGGCGUCGAAUGUUUUAGAUUGAAUGUGCCAAUAAAUGUAAAUGUAAUAAUUGUGAGACACUUCCCCCUGUUGGUGAAGAUAAUAUUUUCUUUGACGUUUAGUUUGAUUUAUUUUUUCAUUCCUGACAAUCAAUGUAAUAUGUGUUUGUAUUGAAACGUUGUUUCCAACUGUGUGACAUAAAAGUGUAUGUUUUAUUUAAGCAGCAACACAGUCUGAAAGAAAAGAGUGGAUUAAAGCAUUUGUUUGAAUUAACAGGGAAUCAAAUGUACUCAGUUUGUUGUAGUUGUCAGUUAUUAAUGUUGUUGUUGUUGUUGUAUUUUAGAUCGUCCAGCAGGUCAUCGUGUCUAUGAACCAUGUGCUUUAUCUUUUCAUCAUGUUAAAAUAAACCAAAUAUUACAAUAAAAAAAAAAAA